AUGGCCUACAAAUACGUCCUCUUCAGCCUUUCCUUGCUCCUCGUCAUCGCCGCCACGGCCCUCUUCCUCACGCGAUCCCACUGGCGCCACCACGUCCCCGACAUGCACCUGCCCGGCGCAGGCUACAUCUACUCGCAACUGCCCACCAGCUUCGGCAGCGACAUCGAGGCGGGCUUAUCCAGCAGCAACUUUGACCUGAGCGCAAACGUCGAGGCAGGCGACAGUCGCGCGGGCCUGGACGAUGCCGGAAAGACCGAGGUUCUCAAGAUUAUGAAGAAGAGGAGAACAACGUUCGACAAGGCUCGCAAGAUAUACAUGGAGAAUCGAUUCAAAGCAAACGGCAUCGGCGCAGACGGACGACCGAGAGAUCCCAAGUUUGUCAGCUUCUCGUGA